AUGUCACCCUCGGAAAUACAGGUGUAUCGUUUGGAGAUACUGGACGAUGACAACACUAAGCAGGCGGUGAGCACACUUGUUGAAGCCUUCAAAGGCGUGUGCAGCGGAGGCGAUGACGAUUGCUUCGAGCGGUUGAUAGAUUCGAUCUUUCUGGCAGCGUACAGAGGAGGGCAAAUCUAUGUUGCGAGCUACAAAGAGCACACAUUUGCGGGCGUGGCCGCAUGGUUUCCCCCGGGGCAAGGUCUGUUUCAUACACCUGAUCAAGCCGUCGGGGGCUUCGAUGACCUGGUUGCCGACUUCAGCCCUGAGUUGAGAGACUGGUGGAUAAAUUAUUUCCUCCCGAAAUAUAGCAAUCAGACGACAUCCGCUCUCGGAGAGGGAGUAAAGCUCGCGUCCUGGCAUCUUCAGCUCAUUGGCGUCUCUCCGGAGCAUCAGAGGAAGGGCAUCGGUAGCGCUCUAAUUGACUUGAUUAGUACCAAGGCUAAAGCAGACGGGGUCUCCCUCUGUCUUGAAGUCGAGGAAGGUCCAAAGAUAUCUUUCUACGAGAAAUGUGGUUUCGUUGUGAGGCCGCCUGCGGAAGAGUAUAUCAAUCCAGUGAAGCCCCUGGUAAUAUAUGUGAUGGAGAAGCAGGCGUCGUAG